CAGCCGUUGGCACCAGGGCCACGUGGGGCACGGCAGGCGCAGGCCUGGCACAGCACCGCUGCCCACAGCUGGGACAAGGCUCUACGGGGACCUUGCCCUGCCUGGCCACGAGCCACGUGGCUGCCAGCUGCUAUAAAGCCCACGGCCCUGGGACACGACCAUGUCCUCCCAGGAUGGCAUUUCUGUGGGCAGUUGCCUGCCUGGCCCUCGCCAGCGCCGUCUCAGGCUGCGGGGUGCCCACCAUCAGCCCCUCGGUGCAGUACAACGAGAGGAUCAUCAACGGGCAGAAUGCGGUGUCUGGCUCCUGGCCCUGGCAGGUGUCCCUGCAGACCCGUACGGGAUCCCACUUCUGCGGCGGCUCCCUGAUCAACGAGAACUGGGUGGUCACAGCUGCCCACUGCGAAUUCAACCCCUACUCCCACGUUGUCGUCCUCGGGGAAUAUGACCGCAACUCCGGGUCAGAGGCCGUGCAGGUGAAGACUGUGGUGAAGGCCGUCACGCACCCCAGCUGGGACGCCUACACCCUCAACAACGACAUCACCCUGCUGAAGCUCUCCUCGCCUGCCCAGCUGGGGUCUCGCGUGGCCCCCGUCUGCCUGGCCCCAGCCAACCUGGCUCUGCCCAGCAACCUGCAGUGUGUCACCACCGGCUGGGGACGCACCAACACGAACUCCAACGCCUUGGCGGUGCGCCUGCAGCAGGUAUCCCUGCCCCUGGUCUCCCAGAGCCAGUGCAUGCAGUACUGGGGCAGCAGCAUCACCAGCUCCAUGCUGUGCGCCGGGGGGGCGAAGCGGGGGCUCUCCUCUCCGCAGGGUGACUCCGGGGGCCCGCUUGUGUACAAGAACGGGAACGUCUGGACCUUGAUCGGCAUCGUCUCCUGGGGAAACAGCAACUGCAAUGUCCGCACGCCCGCCGUCUACACCCGCGUAAGCCAGUUCCGAAACUGGAUCGACUCCAUCGUCGCUCAGGGGUAGAGCCGGGGACGGAGAAAUCCCUUUGUCAGGCUCCGCGCCCGGGCAAGGUGACCUGGGCAGAGCCUCCCGGCACCUCCAGUCCUGCCAGUGAGGGGCUGAGCAUGAAGCGAGGUUCCCCGCGCUGCAGGGCAAUAAAGUGCCACCGUUCGCUUGCGCCAGGCACGGUCUCUGGCUCCCUUCCUCUCGUGGCGCGGACCAGGAGCACGGGGGCAGCACGUGGCUCCUUUCCCUAAUCCCGGAGCUCGGUGCCCGGCUGGGACCUGCCGAGCCUGGAGGCAUCCAUGGCCCAACCCCAGCAGCGGGCACGGGGCUGGCUGUGGCUCGGGGUCUCUGUAAGCCAGCAGCUCCACAGCACAGCACCAGCAAGGGCUUCGAGGCUUGCAACAAGAGCAGGGAGGGGGGAGCUGCUGGGUGCACGGCUUAUAAAAGAUCUUCACCUGGACUUUAAAGCAGUAACACGCGUAGCGGUGUGGGAACACACGAGCUGAGAGGGAGAAGCGUCACGGGCAGCUCCAUCUC